GAAAGGUUUGUGAACGGCCGCAAUUUUUGAAUUUACACGAAUGGCCAGUUUGGAUACGUAGAGACGUGGAAAUAAAAACGGAAACACUAGUAGUCCUAAAGAAGAAAGAGGAAGAGGUAGCACAGUUUCCUGAAGUUGAAACAAAAUAUCCAGAAACAAAAGCCAUGAUGGAAUCUUCAAAACAAAAAGUGAAAUGUCAACAACUCCCAAAGAGCAUUAAAAAGAGUCUAGAAUCCAAGAUCCAUUGGACAAUAGUAUCUGUUAUAUAUGAACCUAGACAAAAUUACAGUGAAACGGAAAAGUGCUUGAAUAUCCUCAAGGAAAGGCUUCUGAAACGUAUUGAAACUUUGGAAGUUCCUGUGGAUCAACUGAAUGGUCUGAAGAAUGUGCGAAAGAUUCUAAAAGAAGAAGAGGAAAGGUAUAUUUUUAUGGAAGAAGGAUUGCUGCAUCUGGAGGGAGAAAUCGCCAAAGAUUCAUUAGCAAUAAAUACAUUGUAUGAAAACAUUCAAAUUCUCCAGAAGGAAAUACAGCCAUUAAAUCAUGAGCUGGCAGCAUUGGAAGCAGAAGCAGACAAGUUAUUCCAUAGAGAUGGUAAUGAUGACCUAGGUCUUCCUGUUCUUUCAGCGGAGUCUCUCGAACUACCUGUUCUUCAGAAUGAGGUUUUGAAGAUUGGAAACCCACAAGCUCUUCUUGGUGACAUGAAUGUCAUUCAGCAGUCAGAUGAGAUGAAGGCUAUGAAGGCUUUUCUAGAACAAUUAUAUGAAAAGGCAGAGUUCCAAGUGGAGUGAGUCAGGCCAUAGAUGUACAGAAGAACAAAGACAUGGGCUGUACCUUUAUUUCCUUUGUCUUCCAAGGAAAUCUUUGAAAUAAAUAGUUUUCCUAACCUGGUUUGCAUUCUGCAAUUCUCCAAUGGCAUUAUGGAAACUUUUCAGAUGGAUGUAAUUAACAAAAUAUAAUCUGCUACAGUUUUAUUGGGGUAAAGAUAUCAAGAGAUAGGCUUCCCAGUAGCGAACUAUAUUUUGUAGUUUCAAACUUUUUUGGGUUUCAUAAACUUUAUUUUUUCCAGAGAAAUAGAUAAAACAACCCCAAAUAUGAUAUUAUGUUCAGAGCUAUGCCUAGCUCCUGAUAGCUGCAAACCACAUCAUCUGUUGUAACCGAUUUAUGCUUAAAUUGUCUUAUGGCCUAGUCCCAUUGUUUUGAAUGUAACCAUCAUUAAGAUCUGAUGCAAAACCCCUAGUGCUGAUCAGAUGACAAAAGGCUAAGCUCUAGCCUUCUAGCCAGUAUUCUACAUAUGGCUACUUACUCUAGUACCAAGUAUAAAAUUUGUCCUGGUUCUGGGUUGUUUCUUUUUGAAUAUGUUGGUGUAAUUUUGAGGCAAGCAGGCAACUUUUGCUGCUUGAGUAACAGGUACAAAUGGAGAUAAAAACAUAUUUAGAUUACUUCAUUGGCAAGCUGACUUAAGCGUAAACAAGUUUUCAUUGGGGACUCAUGGCUCUUGUGAACUAUUCAGUGAAACUUAGAGAUAGUGAGCAACAUGUUUGUAGCUGUGAAAAUCAGUGGGAAGGAGCCCAUUUCUCCCCUGCCCUCUGGAACUGGAUACAGUAUUUGCUUAUUUGCAAAUUUUUGUGGAUGUGGGCAAAGAAUAUAAGACGCUUACGUUGGGAGGCCAGUGCUCCAGUGAUUCUUAGAAUGAGAAUAGUUUGGUUUCUCCUUUCUUUCACUCUGGUUCUUUAGCUGCAAAGAGCAUUGUAGCCUGUUGAGGUGUCUUUCUUCACUUGGGAUUGUACCAGAGAGAGAAUGAGUGUGCAAAACAGAACACUAAGCUCCCACCAUCAAUGUAUUACUUUUUGGACAAGGGGACUUAGGUCAAUUUCUAGCUCUUAAAUGGAAGAAGCAGCUGCAAAGACAUUUCUCCCUUUAGAAAUAGCCCUGGGGGAAGGAAGGUGACAUCAGUUUCAGGAAAGAUUAGUCCUUAUGCCAUUCUCUAAAUUGCUGCUGAAUGAGCUGGCCACCAAGGUAAGUCUUUGCUCCUUCCAGAGGGUGGGUGAGAGAAAUUCUUUAAAGUGGACUGUGCUUAUUGUCUUUGUUCUCGUAGAUAUUAGGCAAUAUGAUUGGUUGUUGUAAGUACCCCAGUUUAGUACUGAACAUUAAGAUGUCCAAUCACAUCUAAUGAGAGUGUUAAUUUUAUUUGUAUAUUUAAAAAGAGAGCAAUCUUGUAUGUAAUCAAGCAAUAGACCUUUGUCUAUUUGCUGUUACCUGUUGUUUAAAAUGUAAUUAGAUCUCAUGGAUAUUGAGAUUAAUACUUAAAAAUAGGAAAGCCUGAAACUGAAUUACUUUAAUUAUAGGAUAUCAUUUUUCACUCAGAUUACUAUUGUAAAGAAAAUAACACCUGGUUCUCCUCAGGUUUAAUAACAAGUUUAAGAAAUAAUACUUUUUGUGUUCCUGUGUGUUAAUUUUCAAGCAUUAUUCACUUUUGGAAAAUAAAACAGCAUUUACUGUAAUUAUCACCUUGGCCUAGA